AUGGCGCCCCAGCUCGACAGCUAUUUCAAGCAGGUCGACGACCUCUCCGACCACUUCAUAGAGCGACUGCGCAAAGCCGUCGCUAUCCCCUCCAUCUCCGCUGAGGAUGAGCGCCGUCCCGAGGUCGUCCGCAUGGGACAAUUCCUCGCCGACGAACUCAAAGCCCUCGGAGCAGAAGUAGAGCAGCGACCCUUGGGCAUACAACCAGGAAAGACGGACCUCGAGCUCCCCCCGGUCGUCAUUGCUCGGUACGGAAAUGACAAGAAGAAGAGGACGAUAUUAGUAUACGGACAUUAUGAUGUUCAGCCUGCUGGGAAGGAAGACGGGUGGGCAACGGAGCCGUUCGAGCUCACGGUGGACGAUAAGGGACGCAUGUAUGGACGUGGUAGCACGGAUGAUAAGGGGCCGGUUUUGGGGUGGUUGAAUGCCAUUGAGGCUCACCAGAAGGCUGGUGUGGAAUUUCCAGUCAACCUUUUGAUGUGCUUCGAGGGUAUGGAGGAGUAUGGCUCUGAAGGUCUAGACGACUUCAUCAAUGUGGAGGCGAAGAAGUAUUUUGCUGACGCCGAUGCGGUCUGCAUAUCGGAUAACUACUGGCUAGGAACUGAGAAGCCAUGCCUGACAUACGGUCUCCGCGGUUGCAGUUACUACUCUGUUGAGAUCUCCGGCCCAGGUCAAGAUCUCCACAGCGGUGUGUUCGGUGGCACUGCCCAGGAGCCAAUGACUGACCUGGUGCGAGUGCUUGGAACUUUGGUCGACACAAACGGAAAGAUCCAAAUUCCAGGUCUGGCUGAGCUUGUUGCUCCUCUUACAGAGGAAGAGAAGUCCCUCUACGGAGACAUUGCGUUCACAAUGGACAACCUGUACGAGUCUCUCGGCAGCAAGACCUCGAUCCACCCCGACAAGGAGAAGACUCUCAUGGCUCGCUGGAGAUACCCCUCCCUCUCAGUCCACGGUAUUGAGGGCGCAUUCUCGCAACCAGGUGCCAAAACCGUCAUCCCAGCUAAAGUCAUCGGAAAGUUCUCUAUCCGCACAGUCCCCAACAUGGAGCCAGCGGACGUAGAUAGGCUGGUCUUCAAGUAUGUCAACGACGAGUUCAAGAAGCUGGGCAGCAAGAACAAAAUGAGCUGCACUUUGCAACAUGCCGGUAAGUGGUGGGUUGCAAGCCCCAAGCACUGGAACUUCAGCGCUGCUGGAAAAGCAGUAGAGCGAGUAUGGGGCGUCAAGCCUGAUCUGACCAGAGAAGGUGGAAGCAUCCCAGUGACACUGACCUUCGAGCAAGCCAUCGGCAAGAACGUCCUGCUGCUCCCAAUGGGUAGCUCGACUGACGCUGCUCACUCCAUCAACGAGAAGCUUGACAAGCGAAACUACAUUGAAGGUAUCAAGCUGCUGGGUGCAUAUCUGCACUAUGCUGCAGAAGAAGAGAUGGUCUAG